AUGCGAAAGACAGGAACAUUGGCGCUUUUGGGCGCAAUAGCUCACGGCGCUGUUGUUGCAUCAAGUAGCUUGCCGCGCGGUGUUGGCCCCGAGUUCGCCAAGUACUACACUAGCCAAGGCACCUUCACGUGCAUUGGCACUCCUUCCAUAACUCUGUCGUCCUCCCAAAUCAAUGACAACUCGUGCGAUUGCCCAGAUGGUUCUGAUGAGCCGGGGACGGCCGCAUGCGCUCACCUCGACCGUUUAUCACCCGAGCAGCCCUUGCCAGGGUCGCUGACGGGAACUACGAACACAACCAGCACGCUUCCCGGGUUCUGGUGCGCAAACGAAGGCCAUAUUGGAAGCUACAUCCCCUUCAUGUAUGUUAAUGAUGGCGUCUGCGACUAUGAACUCUGUUGCGAUGGCAGCGACGAGUACGCCCAUGCCGGCGGUGUACAAUGCGAGAACCGCUGCGCAGCCAUUGGCAAAGAAUACCGGCGUCUGGAAGAAGAACGGAGACGGAGCAAGGAGAGGUCGAUCAAGAAAAGGAGAGCUUUGGCCAAAGAGGCUGGCGAACUGCGACGUAAGGUCGAGGCCAAGAUUGUUUCCCUGAAGGACGAAAUUAAGAAACUCGAGGUCAAACAGGAGGAGUUGCAAAGGAAGCUAGAGGAGAUCGAGAAGGCUGAGCGGGCCAGAGUUGCCAAGCCAGAAGGUCCCAAGGGAAAGCUGGGUGUCCUCCUCAGCCUGGCAAAGAGUCGGGUUUCGGAAUUGCGCAAUGCCCUUGACAAAGUGUUGGACCAGCGCGAUGACCUCCGGGACAGAGUCGAACAACUCGAGGACAUCCUCACCAAACUUAAGGAGGAAUACAACCCGAACUAUAACGAUGAAGGAGUCAAGGCGGCCGUGAAGAGUUGGGAGGACUAUGCGGCAAACCAGGAGCAUGAGAAGGCGCAAGAAAUAUCCGACGCUGAAAUCAUGGAACUGCUCAAGGAGGAUGGCGAAACAUCCGGGAUCAACUGGACCGAGUUCGAAACUGUUGACGAUGAGGCUAGCACUGCUCAUAGUUGGGAAGCAUAUCUUCCUGGUUCGGUUGGCGAGUACCUUCGCGGCACGCUCGAUUCGCUGCGCCUGUGGGCCGUUGACAAGGGCAUCAUUGCUGACGAUACUAGCACCGGAAGCGGUCCCGAGUCUCGCGCCGUUACAGCAGCGAGGGAUGCGUUGAACGCCGCUAGGAACGAGUUCGCUACCAAGACAUCGACAUUGGAGGAACAGCAACGGGAUUUGGAAAAGGAUUACGGCCCGGACGACAUUUUCCGCGCUCUGAAAGGCAAAUGCAUUAGUGUUGAUUCCGGUGAAUACGAGUAUGAGCUCUGCUGGAUGGACCGAGCCACGCAGAAGAGCAAGAAAGGCCAUGGCAAUACUAACAUGGGCAACUUCGUUCGUAUUGACAAGGAUAUUGCUGACGACGAGGAACGAAUUGAUGGGAAAGGCCUGGGGAAAGGUGAAAGAAUGGUUCUCCGUUACGAAAAUGGCCAGCAUUGUUGGAACGGUCCUGCGCGGAGGACGGAUGUCUGGCUUGCGUGCGCCGAAACUGACGAGCUCUGGCGUGUCACGGAACCUGAGAAGUGCGUUUACAGGAUGGAAGUAGGCACACCAGCUGCCUGCGAGGAUAUCAAAGAACCAGAAGAGAAGGUCAAAGAUGAGCUAUAG